CCCUACUAUGACCUCCCUUCAAUGAUCGCCCACCCAGCAAGCGCGGCCACGAACACAAAAUGCCACCAACAUCAACAACAUCCACCACCACCCGUCGCAAACGCGUUUUCUCCUCCGUCCUCCCCCCAGCCUCUCUCGACGACUUUCUGACAGCUGCGAAAUCACACACCCUCGGCCCCAAUCCCCCGCUUUUCUUCCCGUCCUCUAAACUCUCCCACAACACCCACCCCAGCGCCGACUCCGACUCCCAGAAAACCGAGAACCCUACCUUCCGCGCCUCCACCACCUCCCAGCAAACCGAAAUCGCCACCUCGGACGAUGACGACGAAGAUGACGGCGCCUGGUUCGACGAGGAUACCUGGACCCGCGCAUGGGACGUUGCGACGGGGUUCCUGGCGGUACCGGACCGCGGCUACGCGACCCUCCUCCGAUACGAGCAGACGGAGCCCACGGAGUUCCUAAGACUGUGGAAUCGCCAUCGCACGGCGGAGACCGACGUGCUGGAGGCGUUUGCGUGUCUACUCGAGCCGUUUCUAGGUAACCGGAGGGUGCGCAGGCCGAAGGGGGACGCGGUGCAGAAAAGUAUCCUGGAUUGGUACGGGUUCGAGAUCCGGAGGCACUUUUUGAAGAAUGUUCGGGGCGGAUUGGUCGAGGCGCUGGGACAGCCGGACAAGGAUGGUUUGUUGCAGAGGAUUGUGGUGUGUCUGCAAUUGGUCCGAAGGAUUUACUUCGAGCCACUGGUGGAUAUCCUUGGCGCACUGUAUCGAGGCGUGCAGGAAAAUGUGUAUGGGAGGCUGUGUCGGUCGUUUUAUAUGAUGGUCGCCUAUGCGCUGCCGUGGUCGCAGGCGUCUGGGCUGCUGGGUCGUGAGAUUAUGAAGGAGGCGCUGGUCAUUCUGGGGAUUGAUGCCCUCAGAGAACGAGCGGCUGCUGAGGGGGCUGGCGGCGUGGAUGAUAUGGACCUUGAUCGCCAGUGCUCGGUGUCCUAUCAGGACUGGCGCGAUGAGCCCUCCCCGGCUGCUAGGAUGCAGAUGUUGACGGAUCAGGACUCCCGGGUCGGUGCUGCGCGGGAGCGGCUGCUCAUGCUCUUUGACGGGCUGCAGCUCGUGGGGAUGGGCGGUGACAAGGCACAGAAGGUAUUCGCCAGCGUGAUGGAUACCAUGAUGACUGAAUUUGUCCGAGCAGCUUAUACGGCCCAGUGGGAGGGUCCUUCACUUGCAUCGCAGCAUUUGCGGCAGUGGAUCGAGAACGUGUUUGCGCAGCUCGUCGUCCAAGUCCUGUCGAUCAUCAACGUGCCCGAAUCGGGCGAAAAGGAGCUUGGCAACCUUGACGUGACCCUGAGCGACGUCGAGAAAUGGCAGGAGAUUGGCAUUGCGCGUCUAGGCGCAUUACGGACCAGCGAACUCUUCGAUGUGAUCGUUGAGUGGCCGGCAAGCAGCGGUGCGAUCGAGGAUCUCCGACAUUUCACAACCUAUCCAGCUGCGCGAUACCAUUUGACGCAAUCCUUCAUCGCCGUCCUCAAUCAACGAUUGCUACAUCCGGGAGCAUCCACAAUCGAGAUCCUCCAGGUAUACAUCUCGAUCAUCCGAGCCUUUAAUCUACUUGAUCCUAAGGGCGUCCUCCUUGAUCGAAUUGCUCGGCCCAUCCGUCGAUAUCUCCGCGACCGUGAUGACACCAUCCAAGUCAUCGUUGGCGGGUUGCUGGCCGAUCCUGCCGACGCGGACGGCCAAACAGCCUCCACCCACCACCCCGACACCCUGGUGGAGCUUUCUGCGGAGCUAACCAAGGCACACCAGAACUCCCUCCGAGCCGACAGCGGCGAGCUCGACUGGGAUGACAUGAACUGGAUGCCGGACCCAGUGGACGCGGCGCCAGACUACCGGAAAUCCAAGACAUCCGACGUGAUCGGCAGCCUGAUCAGCCUGUUCGAUUCGAAGGAGAUGUUCGUCAAGGAGAUGCAGAAAAUGCUCGGGGAGCGUCUACUCCAGAAGCGCACCGACUUCGACCAAGAGAUGGCCGUGCUGGAACUGCUCAAGGUCCGCUUCGGCGACAACGCCCUCCAGGCCUGCGAGGUCAUGCUCCGCGACAUCUUCGACUCGCGUCGCGUCGACAGCGUCGUCCGCGCCGAUCAAGGCCUACACAAGAGCCAGCAGCAACCAGCGCAUGCCACCGACCUCCACGCCAAAAUUCUGUCCCAUUUCUUCUGGCCCGACCUCCCAGGCCCGGACUUCCGCGUCCCGGACCCCGUCGCCUCCCUCCAACACCGCUACGCCCAGGGCUUCGGCUCCCUUAAACAAUCCCGCAAACUCACUUGGCUCAACGGCCUCGGCCAGGUCACCGUCGAACUGGACCUGGAAGACCGCGUCUUCGUCGACGAAGUCACCACCUGGCAAGCGACGGUGAUCUACGCCUUCAACUCACCUUCUUCGUCAUCGGCACCCACCCUCAAAACCACCACCGACCUCGCCCACCAACUCCAAAUGCCCAUCACCCUCGUCCGCUCCGCCUGCCUCUUCUGGGUCAGCAAGCGCAUCCUCCACGAACAUCCCCGCGACACCUUCCGCGUCCUCGAAGUCCUCCCUUCCUCCACCUCCUCCUCCACCGACCAACCCGACGCCGCCCACCCGGCAAACACCCACCCCUCCACCUCCCCCAAGACAACCACAACCCCGACCACCCCCACGAGUAAUCCCCGCCACCCACCGCACCCACAUCACCCAAGCACAUCCCCCGUCUUCGAAGACGCCGCCGAGGCAGCCGCAGCAGCCGCCGCAGCCGCAGCCAAGGAAUCGGCCGAAGCGGCCGCGAUGGAGAAGAUGAACCUCUACUGGCAAUUCAUCGUGGGGAUGCUGACGAAUCAGGGCGCCAUGCCGCUGCAGCGGAUCGUGAUGAUGCUGAAGAUCGCCGUGCCGGGAGGGUUCCCGUUUAGCAACGAGGAGCUCCGGGAGUUUUUGGCUGGGAUGGUUGCGAAGGGGAAGCUGGAGAUUGUGAGUGGGGGAAAUUAUAAGAUUAAGACUUAGACUAGGUCUGUAUACAGGGGUUAGAUUGGGGAGUGGGAUAGUGCCGCGCUGGGGUAGCCCAUGUAUCUCUGCAUUGGUUCUCUAGUGACGCGGUCCUCGCUAGUAUACUAUACGUACCAGUCAGGCAGGCAG